GUACUGCGCAUGCGCGGUCCUGCACUGCUCUGAGGUUCCUCGCACGGGACGGAAUGGGGAGAGAGCGGAUAGUUUGUGCCAGUGAGUCCCGGGGAGUGAGGAAGUGAGAGGCGGAAGUGCCGGGCGCUGUCCCUUACAGACCAGGAGGAAACUGUGCGGGAGGAUAAAGGCGGGAUCAUGUGAAGUUUGUCUGUGGGAUGAGUGAGACGUGAGUGUCGGGAGGAGAGUGAGUGACUCGGGACUGGAGGAGCCGCUCGCUAUGGCCAAAGUCCUUCACAAGAAGAAUCACUGGAGCAGCCGGGCGCAUCGCUGCGGGAUCAGCAGGAACUCCGGGGGGGAGCUGGGGCUGCCGGUGUUGGGGGGCGCGGAGGAGGGGGAGUUUCUGUAUCUGGGGGCGGCGGAUGAGGGUCUCCUGUGCAGCGAUGGGAAACUGGCCGAGGGGGAGUUGUUACUGGAAGUGGCCGGGGUGCCCGUGUCUGGAUUACCUCGCUAUGAUGUUCUGGAGAUGAUCAGCAACUGCCACCAGCCUGUCCCCAUCACAGCUGUCAGACAAGGAAGCCGUCUCAACAAGGACCUGAGGCAUUAUCUCAACCAAAGGUUUCAGAAAGCAUCUCCAGACCACGAGCUACAGCAGAUUAUCCGAGAUAAUCUCUACCGCCAUGCAGUGCCUUGCACCACCCGAUCACCUAGAGAAGGAGAGGUACCGGGAGUGGACUAUAAAUUUCUGACUGUGCAGGAGUUUCUAGAACUUGAAAAAAGUGGAACAUUACUUGAAGUUGGCACGUUUGAAGGUAACUAUUAUGGGACGCCCAAGCCUCCGAGCCAGCCCACCGGUGGGAAAGUGAUUCCCAGGGAUGCUCUGCAAAAUCCUCCGGCCGGCUCCAAGCAGUCGACUCCCAAGCGAACAAAGUCUUACAAUGAUAUGCAAAAUGCAGGCGUAGUGCUCAGCGACCACUAUGAGUUUGAUGAUGAUGAUGAUGCUCCUGAAAUGAGCAGUAGCUUUACAGGAGACUCCAGUGAAGCAGACGAGCACUCGACUAACCUUUCUCAAGAUAAAGUCCCACCGGCGGCUUGGAUACUCCCUACUUUUCCCAUCACGGAAGCUUCUCGGAAUCUGCCUCUUUACCUACCUCCUUCUGACGAGGGAAGCCUUGGACCUCUACCUGAAAACUGGGAAAUGGCCUUUACAGAGAAUGGAGAAGUCUAUUUUAUAGACCACAACACUAAAACAACAUCUUGGCUAGACCCCCGGUGCCUGAACAAGCAGCAGAAGCCUCUAGAAGAAUGUGAAGAUGAUGAAGAAGGGGUACACACCGAGGAGCUGGACAGUGAACUAGAAUUGCCCUCUGGAUGGGAGAAAAUUGAAGACCCUGUGUAUGGAGUCUACUAUGUAGAUCAUAUAAACAAGAAAACGCAAUAUGAAAACCCCGUAAUGGAAGCCAAAAGAAAGAAACAGCUCGGACUGCAGCAAAGUGAAGAAUGGACAGGGGAUCAUCCACCCAUUGCUCCACCCCCUCUUGUGCUUCCAAACAACUUUACGCUAAAAAAGAAACAACCAGCAACUGCGGCACGUGCAAAACCAUUCUUCACCAGAAACCCUUCUGAACUGAAAGGAAAGUUCAUCAAUACAAAGCUAAGGAAGAGCAGUCGAGGCUUUGGCUUUACUGUUGUCGGAGGGGACGAGCCAGAUGAAUUUUUGCAAAUAAAGAGUUUGGUCGUCGAUGGCCCGGCCGCAUUGGAUGGCAAAAUGGAAACGGGCGACGUUAUCGUAAGUGUGAAUGAUAUCUGUGUCCUUGGCUACACGCACGCUCAAGUUGUGAAGAUCUUCCAGUCUAUACCCAUUGGUGAAAAUGUGAACCUUGAACUAUGCCGGGGUUAUCCUCUUCCAUUUGACCCAGAUGACCCCAACACCAGCCUUGUGACGUCAGUCGCAAUAUUGGACAAAGACCCCAUCAUUGUCAAUGGGCAAGAGAAUUAUGACUCUCCAUCAAGCAACAACAGUAAAACUAGAAAAGCCAAUAACAUAAUGGAUCCGAGGCCUAGCAGCCCUGCUGACAUUUCUUCAAAUGGUUCCCAUGGUUACCCUAAUGAUACAGUGUCCUUGGCAUCCUCUAUAGCUACGCAACCUGAACUAAUUACUGUGCAUAUAGUAAAAGGACCAAUGGGAUUUGGCUUUACCAUAGCAGACAGCCCUGGUGGUGGGGGCCAGAGGGUGAAGCAGAUUGUAGACAGUCCAAGAUGCCGUGGCCUCAAAGAAGGAGAUCUUAUAGUAGAGGUGAAUAAAAAGAAUGUUCUGAACCUUACCCAUAAUCAAGUUGUGGAUUUACUCAUCGAAUGUCCUAAGGGAAGUGAAGUCACCCUACUGGUUCAGAGAGGAGGACUCCCGGUCCCAAAGAAGAGCCCAAAGUCGCAACCACUUGAAAGGAAAGACAGCCAAAAUAGCUCGCAGCACAGUGUUUCCAGCCAGCACAGUGGGCACACGGCUUCACCCCUUCACGUCGCGCCUGUGCUCCCCGAUUAUCCUACUGGCGAGGUGCCCACUCUAGACCAAGCUGAUAACUCUGGGCAGAAAAAGCCUGAUCCAUUUAAAAUCUGGGCCCAAUCCAGGAGCAUGUAUGAGAACAGACUUCCAGACUUUCAAGAGCAUGAUGUAUUCUUGUGGCGAAAGGAAACUGGAUUUGGGUUUCGAAUUCUUGGUGGAAAUGAGCCUGGAGAACCAAUCUUCAUAGGUCACAUUGUGCCAGUGGGUUCAGCAGAUGCCGACGGGAGAUUGCGUUCUGGCGACGAGCUGAUCUGCGUGGAUGGAACAGCGGUUGUUGGAAAAUCUCACCAACUUGUCGUGCAGCUUAUGCAACAGGCAGCAAAGCAAGGCCACGUCAAUUUAACUAUCAGACGCAAAACUAUCUAUCCAGUUCCAAAGGCAGAGAAUGAAGCUCCUGCAUCACCAGCAUCAUCGCACCAUAGCAGCACCCAGCCAGCCUCUCUAACAGAGGAGAAACGGACACCACAGGGCAGCCAGAACUCCUUAAACACUGUUAGUUCAGGCAGCGGCAGCACCAGUGGGAUUGGCAGCGGCGGUGGCUGCGGGAGUGGAAAUGUCAGCACUGUGGUUCAGCCUUACGAUGUUGAGAUCCGUCGCGGUGAAAAUGAAGGAUUUGGAUUUGUUAUUGUGUCUUCUGUCAGUCGGCCCGAAGCCGGGACAACUUUUGCCGGCAAUGCAUGUGUGGCCAUGCCUCACAAAAUAGGUCGGAUAAUAGAGGGGAGCCCCGCAGAUCGUUGUGGCAAGCUAAAAGUGGGGGACCGGAUCCUGGCUGUUAACGCAUGCUCCAUUACCAACAAGUCCCACUCGGACAUCGUCAAUUUAAUAAAGGAAGCGGGGAACACCGUGACUCUGCGCAUCAUUCCCGGCGAUGAAUCUUCUAACGCAACGUUAUUAACCAAUGCAGAGAAGAUCGCCACAAUCACGACCACACACACGCCACAGACGAUACCCCAAGAAACAAAAAAUAAUGCAAAACCAAAGCCGGAACCCCAAUUCGAAUUUAAGAACGCACCAGUCACCCAGCCGGAGCAAGACAUUUAUUCAGUGGAACUAGACAGAGGAUUAAAAGGAUUCGGGUUCAGUCUACGAGGAGGUCGGGAGUAUAACAUGGAUCUCUACGUUUUACGCCUAGCAGAAGAUGGACCUGCUGCCAAAUGUGGAAAAAUUAGGGUUGGCGAUGAAAUCCUGGAAAUAAAUGGAGAGACCACAAAGAACAUGAAGCAUGCUCGGGCAAUAGAAAUGAUAAAAAAUGGCGGCCGAAGAGUACGUCUGUGUCUGAAACGUGGAGAUGGUUCUGUACCGGAAUAUGAACCCAGCGGUGACGGAAACAGCCCCACAACCAGUCCACAAAAUGUACCGAAAAUGAACUCGUUAACAUCUGAUAGAAAUCACUCAUCACUGGAGUUCAAUUAUCCAUCAGAUCUUCACAAAUCAUUACAGCAUGGAGACAAACAAACUUAUGUUAAAGACCCUAAAGGCAACAGGGAGUAUGGCAGACCACAUAAUGAACAUCACACUUGGAAUGGAUCUUCUAAAAAUUAUUCUGUACAAAAUAACAGAAAAGAUCGAUCACCUGAGGGUAGACGACCAAGGCAGACGGAUCGAACAAUGGUGAACGGUCAGAAAAAACAGUCUCCUGAGAAGAGAAAUGAAGGAACAAGGAGUGCUGAAAACACCUUAGAGAGGAGAGAGAGAAAUGACAGAAGAAAAGAGGCUUCUCCUCAAAAGCCUAGGGAAAGGUCACCAAUGCGCAGAAGGGAUGGUUCCCCAAACAGGAGAAGGAAAUCCUUGGAUAGAUUUAUGGAUCAAAGAAGAUCACCUGAUAGAAGAAGAGAGAGUUCACCUGACCGAAGAAGAGCCAAGUCAACAGACAGGAGACGAGAAAGGUCACCAGAAAGGAGGAGAGAAAGGUCUCCUGAGAGAAGAAGGGAGAAGUCUACUGACAGAAGAAGGGAAAAGUCUCCUGAUAAAAGAAACAAAGAGCAACGACCCAACAACAAAGACAGAGAUGAACAUAGUCUGAAAUAUGAUACCCUCAGAAGUGGAAGGCAUCCACAGGAACAGCGAAGGAGACAAUACAAGGAAUGCAACACUGACCUUAGCAUCUGAUGCAUCUCAGUUUAGAGGUUCUAAAGAACUUCUGAAAUGGUUCAAAGUAGUUUUUACUCUUAGCCUGUUGAUCCUGCCAAACUAUCAGAUAUUUUAUGCAGACAAAAUCCUAUUACAGCGUGUUGUGCCUGAUGUACAUUAAAGAAAGUAUUUUUCGAUGUAUCUUUUUUAAGUUAUUUGCCAAAUGUCAACCCUAAAGAAUUUAACCUGUUUUGCAACAAACUGUUUUAUUGACGGUGUUCCAUUAUGAUGCUAACAUGUCUUCUCUAGAACAUGUUUCAGGCACUGGACAGACCACUGUUCAAGUUUUUUCCCUUCACAAACUUGAUUUGUAUGAUUUUUCUUUUUUCCCGACUGUUAAAUAAUUAUCAAUUACUGCAGUUAAUGUGUUUAAACAUGAUUAGUCUGGUGGUGGGACCUAACUCAAUGAAAGGACAUUUGUGAAUGAAGAAGUGUUAAGCCACUUAGUUAUAAGUAAGAUAAAACUGACUACUACUGCAAUGAAGGACGUAAAACAAAGCACACAUUGCACAAGGUGAUUUUAAUUAUUUUUUUAUUUUAAGGUUUUUGUUUGUUGGGGAGGAAUAUUGUAUGACCACUUUUUUUUUUUUUCUUGAGGGAAGACCAUUUUUGUCCAGUUUUUCCAGAGUCUUGUCUAGAGAAUACUAAAAAUGGUUAUGGAUUGUUAUAAUUGCAAUGGUAAGUAAUGUUGCUUGCCAUGCCUUCAGAGAAUUUAUAGUGCUUGCCCCAAGGCUAGCAAACAUCUGACAAAGACCACUAUCUAAAUAUGUUGCGUUCUGGUUGACCCCCUUUUCCAUUUCUGUUGAUCAGAAAUGAUAGUAGAAGGAGGAAUGCCAGCAGUAUGCCAUGUAUGUAAUACUUUUGAGAUUGAUCACUGCAGCUCAAUAAUCAAUUUUUAAAAUUAGAGUGUUUGCCAUUUCCUGGGUCCAAAGUAUUACCCUAUUACUGCCUAACUGAGCCAAAAUGUUUGGCAAAUCUCUUGGACCUCUUAAAAUCAUCCGAUUACAUUGCUUUGUAUGCCUUGUUUUCUAUUCUCGCCUUAGAAGUAAAACGAGCAUUGCAAGUCUCACUGUUGUUGACAUGGUACAGUUUAAAAAAAAACUGAAAUGGCCAAUCAUUGUUUGUACAGAAUUUAAAAUUGUAAUUAUUAGAGCCUGUUCGAAACAAAAAAAAAAAUGUUGCCUUUUUUUCUUGUAUAAAAUAAACUUUAUGGAAAAAAAAAUCAUGUGAGGAAUGUGAUAAGUGUUUAUAUUUCUGAAAAUGGAGCAAAAUGAUUUUGGGGAUAUAUUUUAAUGUAAACUGAAUCAGGUAUGUAAAGGUAUUUUCAAAAUGGGAAAGAUCAUUGAAGUAAUGAUGUUUUUGUUGGGUUUGGAACUUCCUUAACUUCUUCGUUGUGGGCCUGCUUGUUAAUUAUAAAGCACUUGUCGUCUGCUAUUUAAUCACCACAACUAGCAACGUCCUACAACAUCGAGCAUUUUCUGUCUUGAUGGAAACCCAUCUGUGGGCCAAUUUAAUUUUUUGUUCCCUAAAACACUAUGCAUAUAUUAAUUUGACAUUGUUCAUACAGUAGCUUUAUUUAACUUAUGGGAGCUGAUACAUGACGUUUCAUUUGAUUCAAGGUGAUUGUGGACUUGCCAGAAAUGCUUCCUUGUGCAGAACAGAAUACAAAGCCUAUGUAGCUAGGAAAACAAGUCUGUGAAUGCUAUUUUUAUUAUCAAAUAAAGUUUUCUGUACAAAAA